UGUGUGUGUGUGUGUGUGUGUGUGUGUGUGUGUGUGUUUGUUUUGGCAGCUGGUGUUGAUCUGGUAGCUGUUGAAAAUUGAGUAGAACCCAUCAGAUGUCCUGAUUAAUUGAGAGGUGCGGAGAGACGACGGACAGACAGACGCUCCCUUAACGGGAUUCCACAGCUUCAUCAAUAGACUAUGGCUUCUCGACCUGAACUAGAGGACCAGAAAUCCACAGGAUCCACAGAGAAGCACAAAGAUGAUCAACUCAGUGAGAACUCAGAGACAGAAGAGAAGGCUUUUUCCAUGGCGCCGGCCCAUUCCACUGUGGCCCUGGUAGAGACGGGGUGUGAGGAAGACGACCCGUGGAAUUUACCAGAACUACAGGACGGAGCGGCAGCAUGGUCAGAUCUAGACGCCAAGGGGAAGGUGUUGAGGGUGGUGACGUCGGCAGGGAAGGGACUUCUGCUGCUGGGGUUCCUGUACAUGUUCAUCUGUUCACUAGACAUCCUCAGCUCUGCCUUUCAACUGGUUGGAGGUAAAGCAGCAGGUGACAUCUUCACAGAGGGCUCAGUGCUGUCGAACCCUCUGGCUGGUCUGGUCAUAGGAGUACUGGUCACUCUGUUGGUUCAGAGCUCCUCUACCUCCUCUUCUAUAGUGGUCAGCAUGGUCUCCUCUGGACUGUUACAGGUCCAGAUGGCUGUCCCUGUCAUCAUGGGGACCAACAUCGGAACUUCCGUCACCAACACGCUUGUUGCCAUGACGCAGGCUGGCGACCGCAACAAGUUCCGCAGGGCCUUUGCUGGAGCUACGGUUCAUGACUUCUUCAACUGGCUCUCUGUGCUGGUCUUCCUGCCUUUGGAGGUGGCGUCGGGUUACAUGUACAAGCUGACCAAGCUGCUGGUUGACUCCUUCAACAUCCAGGGUGGAGAGAAGACUCCAGAACUCCUCCAUGUCAUCACCGACCCUCUAACAAAGGCAAUCAUCGAGUUGGACAAGUCGGUCAUCAGUGGUAUUGCUACAGGAGACCCGGCUGCCAGGAAUAAGAGUCUCAUCUUAAAAUGGUGCAAAACAUUCACCAAUGUGACCCUGAGGAAUGAGACGGUCCCCGGGCCAGAGAACUGCACCUCCCCAGCCCUCUGUUGGUGUUCCCAGGACCUCUGCUACACUCUACAUAACAUCUCAGAGACCUACAACAUACAGACAUGUAAUCAUAUCUUUGUGAACGUGGACCUGUCUGACCUGGCGAUAGGCCUGAUCCUGCUGGCUCUGUCUCUGCUGGUGCUGUGUUCCUGUCUCAUCCUCAUCGUCAAGCUGCUCAACUCCAUGCUGAAGGGACAGGUGGCCAUGGUCAUCAAGAAGGUGCUCAACACAGAUUUCCCUUUCCCCUUUGGCUGGGUGACUGGUUACAUCGCCAUCCUGGUCGGAGCUGGAAUGACCUUCAUCGUCCAGAGUAGUUCUGUCUUCACCUCCGCUAUCACUCCACUCGUUGGUAUUGGUGUGAUCAGCAUCGAGAGGGCGUACCCUCUGUCGCUAGGGGCCAACAUCGGCACGACGACCACGGCUAUACUGGCAGCCAUGGCAGCACCUGGAGACACACUGGCCAACGCUCUGCAGAUCGCUCUGAUUCACUUCGUGUUCAACGUGUCUGGUAUCAUCUUGUGGUAUCCAAUCCCCUUUACCCGUAUCCCCAUCCGAUUGGCUAAGGCCCUGGGUGACAUCACGGCAGAGUAUCGCUGGUUCGCCGGCGUCUACAUCAUUUCCUGCUUCUUUCUCCUGCCCCUCUUCGUCUUCGGCCUAUCGAUGGCCGGCUGGAAGGUGCUGGUUGGUGUGGGCGUUCCCAUAGUGGCCUUGUUGAUCAUCGUCAUUGUAGUGAACGUGCUUCAGGCACGGCUACCCAGGUGUCUCCCCGCGGUACUGCACUCCUGGGACUUCCUGCCUCUCUGGGCCCACUCCUUAGAACCCUGGGACCGCGUGGUCGCCGUGGUAGCAGCCAAAUGCUGCUGCUGCUGCAAGUGUUGCCAGACCGGACCGGAGGAGGAGGAGGAAGAGGAGAAAGGAGGAGGAGGGCAUUUCCUGGAGAUGUACGACAACCCUGCCAUGAUGAACGGUGUUGACUGGGGGGAAAAGAGGGAGGACAAAGAGGACGUCUUGAAAGCAACGCAGCUUUGAUUCUGUCGCGACACUUCGUAACUGCUUCGUAUAGGCAUUAUAACCCGUCUAUAAUGUGAUUAUGGUCUUAUGACUCUUCUAUAACAUGGUUAUAAAGGUGCUAUGUAGGGUUACAAAAUUCCAAUAACUAUUCCAAAAUUCCCUGUUUGUUUUCCCAGAAAUCCUGGUUAGAGGAUUCCCAGAUGUCCUGGUUAUUUCCUCGUAAUUCCAGGAAUCUUCUAAACAGGAUUUCUGGGGGGGGAAAAAAACAGGACAUUUGGGGGGAAGUUACCGGAAUUUUGAAACUCUAGUCUUAUGUCAUGUCCUAUGUCAUGCUUAUGAGAUGUUAAACGUUGUUAUGGCAUAUUCCUAGAGAUCAGUCCGGAGCUACGACCUAGCAGCUCGUAAAGUUGGUCACAUAUGAACAACGUACUAAUAAUAAUAAUAAUGGAUUGGAUUUAUAUCGCGCCCUCUCUACCAACUGAGGGAUUCAAAGCGUUUUACAUAGUAAAGGGUGAAACUCACCUCAUCCACCACCAAUGUGUGGUUGAUGCACCGGCAGCCAUUUUGUGCCAGAACGCUCAUCAUAUCAUUUCACCUCAUCCACCACCAAUGUGUGGGUGAUGCACCGGCAGCCAUUUUGUGCCAGAACGCUCAUCAUAUCAUUUCACCUCAUCCACCACCAAUGUGUGGGUGAUGCACCGGCAGCCAUUUUGUGCCAGAACGCUCAUCAUAUCAUUUCACCUCAUCCACCACCAAUGUGUGGGUGAUGCACCGGCAGCCAUUUUGUGCCAGAACGCUCAUCAUAUCAUUUCACCUCUCCACCAUGCUAGCUGAUGUGUGGUGAGCGUUCUGGCACAAAAUGGCUGCCGAUUAGGAAUGAGGGGGAUGAUUAGGUGGCCAUGAUGGAAAUGGGUUCCAGGUUGCGAAUGUAACAGGGACAAACUGGACCUGUAACAGGGACAAACAGGACAAACAGGAUCUGUAACAGGGACAAACAGGAUCUGUCCUUAAGACAAACAGGACCUGUAACAGGGACAACAAGAUCUGUCCUUAAGACAAACUGGACCUGUAACAGGGACAACAGGAUCUGUCCUUAAGACAAACAGGACCUGUAACAGGGACAAACAGGACCUGUAACAGGGACAACAGGAUCUGUCCUUAAAACAAACAGGACCUGUAACAGGGACAACAGGAUCUGUCCUUAAAACAAACAGGACCUGUAACAGGGACAACAGGAUCUGUCCUUAAGACAAACAGGACCUGUAACAGGGACAACUGGGACCUUUAACAGGGACAAACAGGAUCUGUCCUUAAGACAAACAGGACCUGUAACAGGGACAACCGGGACCUGUAACAACAGGACCUGUAACAGGGACAACAGUAGGAUGGACCUGUAACAGGGACAACCGGGACCUGUAACAGGGACAAACGGGACCUGUAACAGGGACAAACGGGACCUGUAACAGGGACAAACAGGACCUGUAACAGGGACAAACAGGAUCUGUCCUUAAGACAAACAGGACCUGUAACAGGGACAAACAGGACCUGUAACAGGGACAAACAGGAUCUGUCCUUAAGACAAACGGGACCUGUAACAGGGACAAACAGGAUCUGUCCUUAAGACAAACAGGACCUGUAACAGGGACAAACAGGACCUGUCCUUAAGACAAACAGGACCUGUAACAGGGACAACAGGACCUGUAACAGG